CGGUAUUAUUUAUUGGUCAGGCGGAAGAGAGGAGGAUGAUGAUGGGCACGCCCCGUGGCGAAUCUGAUGACCAGCUUCGACUUCGAUUUCAAGUGGAAUUAGAAUUUGUUCAGUGUCUCGCCAACCCCAAUUAUCUCAACUUCCUGGCGCAGAGGGAGCAUCUCAAGGAGCCAAGCUUUAUCAAUUACCUCCGCUACCUCCUCUACUGGAAGGAGCCCGAGUAUGCACGUUUCCUCAAGUACCCCAUGGCCCUCACUUUCCUCGACCUUCUUCAGUACCCCCAGUUUCGAAAGGAACUCAUGAAUAACAAGUGUGCAAAGUUCAUAGAUGAUCAACAAAUCCUUCACUGGCAACACUAUAUCCGGAAAAGAUCUAAACUUGUCCCAGGACCGGGAGGAGCAGGAAGUGGGGGGACGAGCAGCAGCAACGCCACCACGACCAACGCCGCUGGGACUGCCACUAACAGUGAAGCUCAAGGUCCCAUCAACAAUCGAGAUAAUGGUCCUCCACCCUCUUCACAACAACAGCAGCAGUCCAAUUCAGCCAUGACCCAACAACAAACAACGACAACAAACACCUCGUCCACUAACAAUACUAAAUGAUUCAAAGUUUUGUAUCCAAAUUUCUUUUCUACUUUAAUAUAGAAAAUCAAUAAAGCCGUCGGAUGACGAAAUAUUUAUAUUGUGCUAUUAUGGGUA